UAUUUUGCAGCUGCCAAGAUGUCUGCGUUUGCUUCCAGUUUAAUGUUGUGAAGAUGAUUAACUGGGCGGAUUGGUGUUUGCAUUAAGAUGAUUAAUUACCUUGCGCCAGACCACAAUGAUUUAUCUAUGAAGAGGAUUUGCCGAACGGAAGAGGAUGUUUCCAUGGUUACGCGUACCCGCGAGCUGAUCCGUUCGCUGGCUAAGCUACCUUAGAGUAGCCUGCCUUUUGUUUGUAUUUAGCGCUAAUGAGCUGACCGGGGAUGUCACUGGGGUUGGAAAACUUCGGGCCCCAAACUAAAGGCAUCUUCGUCAACAACGACGCUGACGUUUCACAUUCUGAAGAUGCUGAUGGAUUAUUGCACCACACCAAAGUUGCAAGAGCAGCAACAGAGACACGUAAGACCAGCACACCUCCUAGACCCAACAGUCUGAAACUGCAAGAGCUGAGUGAGGAGCUGGACAGGCGUACUAAAGAAACGCAGAGGCUACAAGAGGAGGUGGAAAAUGCAACCAAACGGGUCCUGCAGAGGGUCGGCUGCACGUAUAGCAUCGAGAAACGCCAACAAAGCUGUCAUUUGUCUAUGUAUAAUGUAGACCUCUCACCAGGGGUUCCAGAUGUCCGGCCAGCUCAUCAGGAGCCAGUGAUCCAGCCUCUCAGCCAUGUUCUGGAAGGCUUGACCCAGAGAGGUAUCGGUUUCCCUGGAAAGGAAGUUCUGGAAAGUGCCAUAGAAGACUACUCUCAACAGGUGUCGUUGCUGCAGAGGCAGCUCGGUGAGUCAUAUGGUCAGCAUGAGCAGCAGAAGAUUCAGUUUCAUCAGACCAUCAUAAAGCUGCAGACCAAGCUUCAGGAGGUCCAGAUGGAGAAUGCGGUCCUCUCAGACCUCAGAAUGGCAGAUUCAAGCAAACAUGCCAGCCAGAUUGAGAAGAUGCAAGAGGCGCUGUGUGAGCUCCAGAGUGCCAAACAGUCCAGCGACCAGAAGCUGCAGGAGAUGGAGGACAAAGCAAGAUCUCUCAGCGGGAAAGCAAAGUCAAUGGAACGCACUAUCAGAGAGGUGUACACUUCACUGGUGGCUCAUAAUAAGCACUAUGAAGACAGCACUGUGGCAGCAGAUGAUGCUGCCAGCAGCCCAUGGCAGCUGCCACUGGAGGUCUUCGCUGCCAAGGUAGUGGACAAGCUGGAGCAUGAGAACAACAGACUACGAGAGAGGCUUUCACUGCUUGGAAAUGAUGAACAGAAGUACCAAGGGAAGUUAGACUCCAUGUUAAAAGAACAAAAAGACAGAAUGGAACAGCUUAUUGCCAAACAUGACCAGGAGGUGGCACUGUUGACUGACAAAUUGAUUUGCUGCGAGAACAACGGCACCAGUUUACAGGUCAAACUGCUGUUGCUACAAAAACAGGUGGAGACUCAGCAGUCGUUGCACCAGUGUCAAGUCACUGAACUUGAGUCCUCCCUCUCCUUCAAUAGAGAGAAGGUUGGAUCUUUGGAGGAGCAGCUGACCCAGGCCCUGUCCCAGAUGGAGGAGGCCCAGAAAGAGAGAGACCAAUCCCUGCACCAGGUGGAGGAACUCAACUCCCAGCUGGUCCAGCUCAAGCGCUGCAGCGAGCAGCAGCGGUGGGAGCUCCAAGAGGAGGUCAGGACCCUGAGAGGACAGCUGGAGGCGUGGGAGCAGCUGCUGAGAGCUGGCGAAGAGGAGGCCCAUCUCCAGGUGCUGCUGGGGCAGAGGGCCCAGGAGAGCAGGAAGACCCAGACACUCCUAGAGGAGAGGGAGGAGGAGCUGAGACUCAGGCAGCAAGAGGCCCUGGAGGUCAGCGCCAGGCUGGUGGAGGUCCAGGGCCAGUGCCAGGUUCUGUGGUCGGAGGCGGAGAUGCUGAAGCUGAAGCUCGAUGACAGGGAGAAGGUGGUGGAGAUCGUCAGGCUGCAGAUGGAGAGCGGCUCCCAGAUGCUGGCUCAGCAUGGCCACACCAUGGACAGCCUUCACUGGGAGAAGAGCCACCUCACCAACCAGCUCAACCAGCAAAAGCUGGAGCUCCAGCAGCUCAAGGCUGAGCUGGGCCAGGGCGAGGCUGUCCUGGCUGCUCUGGAGCAGGAGAGGAGUGAGCUGCAGACCUCCCUGGCUGAGCAGAGCCACAGCAUCCAGCAGGCGGCCCUGGAGAAACGGCGGCUCACCGGCCAGCUGGACGCACAAAGCAGGCAGCUCGUGUCUCUCACUGAGGAGCACAAGGAGCUUCAGAGGUUGCACAGCAGUGAGAAGGAGGACCAUGAGGCAGCAUUGCGGAAGCUGAAGAACCAGCUAAAGAACGCCCUGUCCGAGCUGGACCGGGCCAGGAGCUCCUUAAGGACCCUGGAAGGGGCCGAUGGACAUGGCCUCCAAGUGGCCAUGGGCAUGCAGAAGCAGAUCACGGCUCGGCGGGAUCAGAUUGACUCUCUGCAAGGCAGAAUCCAACAGCUGGAGGAGAGCACGGAGAAACUCCACCAGGAGAAGCGCUACCAGAGUCUGGAGGGUAGGCGUCGGGCCCAGGAGCUAGCCAGUGCCAGAGAGGAGACGAGACGGCUUUUGGAGGAGCUGGAGGCCUUGCGCUCCAAGGAACGACGGCACACAGAGAGGGUUGCCGAGCUGGAGACAGCCCUCCACAAGAUAUCAGACCGCUUUGCAGACCGUCAGGACUUCAUCCAGCUGCAAGAGCAGGAAUUUGUUCGUUUGAAACUCCAACAUGCCCUGGACCUGAAGGAGCUUCAAGGGCAAAAUUUGCGCACUGCCGUUGGCGCUCCAUCCACCCCGUCCUCCUCCCAGCCAGUGUCUAAGACCCGUAUCGAGCUUAAGUCACAGGGUCUUCCAGAGAACUCCGCUCUGGAGCUCAGGUCUCUGGUUAGGGAGCUUCGAGGUGUGAUUUCAGAGAACCACCACAGACCACAUACAGACAGCCACAGACGUAGGUCUGCCCCCGAGAGAACAGCCAGGACCUCGCUCUGGGGUACCAGUGACACGGCGGUGACCAGCUCCAAACUGCCAAAGGAGAUCCACAGCAAUGAGCCCCAGCUCCUCAGGACAGCUGAACUGAAUGACAACCAUGUAACCAAUAACUUCUCCAAGAACAGCCGUGUUAUGUCUAGGCUGCUGUACCCAGCCAGAUACACUUCCUCCCCUCAGCCAGUCUUGCUGGGCCGCAGGUCACCCGUGCAUUCCCUCCUCACCUCCAACCCCAACACAGAGCUCUUCGGGAACAAAUGUGAGGGCACAGCCGCCCUCAGCAGCGUACUCACCUAAAACUCCUCCUGUAAAAGGAAUCAAGAAAGAAAGAUGAAGGCCUCGAAUAACGAGGCUCUACAAGAACACAGACUGACCAAAUGUCUAUUUUUGUAAUUAAAAUGAAAUGUUU